AUGCGGCCGGCCGAUGCUGUGACAACGGCGGCAGGGCCCGUCGUUGUCGCCGUGCUGCCCUUGCCGGCGCCUCCAUUGUUGGAACCACCACCGCCGGAACCGCCACCGCCAGAUCCACCACCACCACCGGAUCCACCACCACCGCCAGAGCCACCGCCGCCGGAACCACCACCACCACCACCAAAUCCACCACCGCCGGAUCCACCGCCGCCGGAGCCACCGCCACCACCGGAGCCACCACCACCCGGAGCCACCGCCGCCGGAUCCACCACCGCCAGAGCCACUGCUGCCGGAACCACCAGAGCCACCGCUGCCACCGGAACCACCGCCGCCCGAGCCGCCACCACCGCCACCACCACCACCACCGCCGCCACCGCCGCCGCCACCGUGACUGCCACCACCGCCUACAGGAACGGUCGUCGUAACGGGGCAGACGGUCGUGGUGUAGGAAAUAGUUUGAGUCGUGGUGUGGCCGAGCUCGCAGUGUCCACCGUUGUAGAGACAAACUCGGACGAGCUGGGUAUCGAGCUUGACGUGGUGACGGUCGACAGAGUCGUGCUACUACCGCCAGCGGUCGACUUGAUGGGACCUGAAGCAAUGCUCGACGGGCCGGUAGGGACAGACGAGGGACUCGUCGACGAAGGAGUAGACUGGCUGAUAGGACCAGAUGAGGGACUAGUCGAGCUACUAGGUAUCGAGUGCACAGAGGAGCUGAUCGAGGAGCUCACCGAUGGAGUAGAGCUCGGUGGCACAGAGGAGCUGCCCGAAGUGCUAACAGAAGGAGAAGAGCUCGGAGGGAUAGACGAGCUGCCAGAGGGAUUCACCGACGGCGACGAGCUCGGUGGUACAGAGGAGCUACCCGAGGGGCUCACCGACGGCGACGAGCUCGGUGGUACAGAGGAGCUACCCGAGGGACUCACCGACGGCGACGAGCUCGGUGGUACAGAGGAGCUACCCGAGGGGCUCACCGACGGCGACGAGCUCGGUGGUACAGAGGAGCUGCCCGAGGGACUCACCGACGACGAAAUUUCACUGCUAGACGACGUCGCAGAGGAAGAGCUCGGGCUCACAGACGACGAUGCGACGGGGGAGCUAACGGAUGAAGAGAUGCUUGAGGGUGUCGAGCUUGGUAGGACAGACGAGCUGGCUGACGUGCUCACAGAAGAUAGCGUAGAGCUAGGCGGCACAGACGAACUGCUGGAAGAGCCAGCUGAAGAAACGCUGGAAGAGCCAGCUGAAGAAACGCUGGAUGAGCUCACAGACGAUGAGAGAGACGGUGUAGAGCUCGGCGAAACCGAAGAGCUGACAGAAGACGACACUUCGCUGCUACAAGGCGGCUCGGACGAUGAGCUUGCAGAGAAUGACGAGACAGAGACAGAAACUGAACUGCUCGACGGGCUGCUCGAGAUGCUGCUCGACAGGCUGCUAGAGAUGCUGCUCGACGGGUUGCUUGAGGAAGACGAGGGCACGGAGGAGGAAGAAACAGACGGCGUUGAACUAGGCGGAGCAGACGAGCUGACGGAACUGACGAAGGAGCUCUGGCUGACCGAUGUGGACGACACGAAACUGGGGCUCACCGAGCUGCUGAUGGAGCUCGCAGAGGAGCUCACCGGGCUGAUAGAUGACGAAACAGACGAACCAGCCGACGAGCUUAUCGACGACGAGCUUUCACUGCUGCAAGGCUCCUCCGAUGAAGAGCUUGCAGAAGUUGAAAUCGAAGAAGAUGGGACCGAAGAUGAUGGGACCGAAGAUGAUGGGACCGAGGAUGAUGGGACCGAGGAUGACGGUACCGAAGAUGAUGGGACCGAGGAUGACGGUACCGAGGAUGACGAGACCGAGGAUGACGAGACCGAGGAUGACCCCGGGUUGAACGAAGACGAACUAACUGACGGCGAGACUGAUGGUGACGACGCCGACGAAGAAGGAACUGAUGAAGUUGGAACCGAGCUCGAGCUGGGCAACGAUGAAACAGACGAGGCAGACGAGCUGGCAGAUGAAGAAAUCUCGGAAGACGAGAUUUCGCUGCUGCAGGGCCCUUCAGAACUGCUCACGCUGCUGACAGACACGGACGGACUACUGCUGGGCGGCACCGAAGGCGACGAUGACGGCGAGGACGAAGCCGAUGACGACGGGGUGCUUGAAGGCAAAGACGAGCUUGGGCUGGGCGAUGCCGACGAGGAUGCAGAUGAGCUGGCGCUAGAUGAGACGGACGAACCGCUUGGUGAGCUGCUUGGUGAGCUGCUGGGCGAGACACUCGGCGAAGAGCUGACCGACGAGCUGGGCGAAGAGCUGGGCGAGCUGCUGGGCGAGACACUUGGCGAAGAGCUGACCGACGAGCUAGGCGAAGAGCUGGGCGAGCUGCUGGGCGAGCUGCUGGGGGAGCUGCUGGGGGAGCUGCUGGGAGAGCUGCUGGGAGAGGAACUGGGGCUGGAACUAGGGCUGGAGCUGGAAAUUUCGGACGAUGAGCUUUCACUGCUACAGGGCUCUUCACUGCUGCUUGACCCAGAGAUCGACGAAAUCGACGAAGCACUUGACGAGGGCGAGGAUGACGGCGUGCUCGACGGCGUGCUCGAUAGAAUGCUCGACGAAGCAGAGGAGCUGCUGCUAGGCGGCACCGAAGACGGGGACGAAGAUGAGGCCGGAGUACUCGAAGGUAGCGACGAGCUAGGGCUGGGAGAAGGCGAUGACGACACAGACGGGCUGACGCUGGACGACACAGACGGGCUGACGCUGGACGACACAGACGGGCUGACACUGGACGAACCCGACGGUGCGCUGCUUAGGCUCGAGCUCGGGCUGAAGCUCGGGCUGGAGCUGGAAAAUUCGGACGACGAGAUCUCGCUGCUACAGGGCUCUUCGCUGCUGCUCGACCCAGAGACUGACGAAACAGACGACACGGACGACCCGCUUGGGGAGACCGAGGACGAAGGCGUGCUCGAGGGAAGAGAUGAGCUGGGGCUGGGGGAAGGCGACGAGGAUGGCGACGAGCUAACGCUGGACGACACCGAUGGACUGCUGCUAGGCGAGACCGAUGGACUACUGCUUGGCGACACCGACGGGCUGACGCUGGGCGACACCGAUGGGCUGCUGCUUGGCAAGCUGCUCGAUGAACCGCUCGGGAUCGAGCUCGAGCUGGAAAUCUCGGACGACGAGAUUUCACUGCUGCAGGGUUCCUCGCUGCUACUGGAUUCGGAGACCGACGACGAAGGUGUGCUCGAGGGAGGAGGCGAGCUUAGGCUAGGAGAAACCGACGGAGACGACGGGGAUACCGACGGGCUGCUACUUGGCGAGAUGCUUGGUGAGCUGCUGGGCGAGACACUCGGCGAAGAGCUGGCCGAAGAGCUGGCCGAAGAGCUGGCCGACGAGCUCGGGAUCGAGCUAGAGCUCGAAAACUCAGAGGACGAGAUUUCGCUGCUGCAAGACUCACUGCUGCUGGACUCCGAGGCAGACGAAGAGGCGGGCGAAACACUCGACGAGGGCGAAUAG